CUUUGUCGCGUGCACGCUAAUUCAUUUCACAGAUAAACCAAUUCUCUGCGGUGGAGCGAGUGAAAUCGAGAGGAUUCGCGAGAGAUCGAUCUAAUCUAAUCAAACCCUAGCGUACGAAGAUGCCGAAGAAGAUGGGAGUCAACAGCAAGGCGGAGGUCGCCAGAUCCCGCAAGAACGCGGCCGAGGCGGAGCAGAAGGAUCGCCAGACCCGCGAGAAGGAGGAGCAAUACUGGCGCGAGGCGGAGGGCCCCAAAUCCAAGGCGGCGAAGAAGCGGGAGGAGGACGCGGAGAAGAAGGCCGAGACCGCCGCCAAGAAAGCCGAGGCGAAGCGCCUGGCGGAGCAGGAGGAGAGGGAGCUGGAGAAGGCUCUGAAGAAGCCGGAUAAGAAGGUCAUCCGCGUCUCGGCGCCGAUCCCGAAGGUGACGGAGGCGGAGCUGGUCAGGAGGCGCGAGGAGGAGCAGGCGGCGGUGGCGAAGAAAGCGGAGGAGUCGAAGAAGAAACAGGCGCGCAUGGCGGCGGAAGAGGAGUACGAGAAGAUGGUGUUGGUGUCCAAUACGAAUCGCGAUGAUUCGAUCAUUGACGCGCGUACCGUUGACGAGGCGCUCGCGAAGAUGAGCGUAGCGGAUAACCUCCCCGUUGAUCGCCACCCGGAGAAAAGGCUCAAGGCUUCCUUUAAGGCUUAUGAAGAAGUUGAGAUGCCAAGGCUGAAGGAGGAGAAGCCAGGUCUUACUCACACUCAGUACAAGGACUUGAUUUGGAAGAUGUGGAAGAAGUCUCCUGAUAACCCUCUUAACCAGGCUGCUGCUGCUGUUGAGUGAAAUGCAACUCGUAACCAGAACAAGGGAAGGUCUCCUGCUUUGGGCAUAUUUUGCCUGACAUUGUAAAAACUCUAUGAUAUAAGUAGUAGGUAAAACUGGAUAGAUACAUCUUGAGUACUGUCCUUGUUGUAUGCGUCCAUUAAGCAUUCACUCUUUGCGUUUAUUGAGUU